CUACAAAACCUGCAAAAAAUAAUUCAAAUUUCAUAAAAUUUUGAUAUAUAAUGUAAAAGAUUAAGAGUGAUUUGUGUUGACCAAGUGAAUAGUAAAUGUAUCUUAUAAAAUGGGACAGAGGGAGUACUUUUUUAUAAUUAGAAUAUUUUUAUUUGGACUUACCUCACUUUUAAAUCAAUUAGGCUAGAUAAAACUGAAUCAACCAAUUAUAUACUAGGUGCAGCUAUAGUUUGAGAUGAAUCGAUUGAAGGUUAGUAAUGGCAAACAUUUGUAUGAAUCCAUUGGAGAGAGUGUGUACUAGGUGCAGCUAUACUUUGAGACGAAUCGAUUGGUGGUUAGUAAUGACAAACAUUUGUAUGAAUUAGUUCGUGCUACUUGUAUACUUUUUUUGUACACUUUUGUUGUACACACCACUUACUUGCUUGUCUACACAUGAGCUUCGGAACAAAUCGGGUAUGUACAACAAAUGUGUACAAAAAAAGUGUACAAACGACUUUUUCCUAAUCUUAUACUCCGUAUAAUAAAGAUGUUUGGGAGUUUGUGCUACGAGUAAAACCAUAAAGACUUGUACUGCUAUUUCAUAUGUAGUCCACUUGCUAAUCUUUUAAUGUGUACUGGUAUGAUUACUCCUCGGUCCAGUCUAAUCGAGAUGUCUGGAUCUACCUUACUCAUGUGUUUAACACAAUUCAAAGCCAUUGAGUUACAAAAUUGGAACCCAGGCCAUACAGACAUGCCUUUAAUUUUGUUCAUAUUGACAUAUGACAUGGAGUUGCGUUUUCUCUAUCAGCACGCGAGUUUUGAUUAAUGCUGAGUCGAGGUAAAAAGUGCUAAAAAGAAGUGAAGAUUAAUAAUUUAAUACCUCUCAUUAAUUACUCGUAGCAUUUAGGAAUACACCCAUAUUAUUUAUUGGUGCCUUAAUUUAAUACUCCCUCAGUCACAAAAAGUAUGAUACACUUACUUUUGGCACACCAUUUAAUAAAAGUAGCCGAAUGCUAGGGUUGUUCCUUUUUUACCCUUUGCCGGGUACAUGGACCGUCACCUCCGAUCCUCAUAACAAUAAUUCUACAGUUGUAAACCGAUCGUUUUGUUUCAAAAACAGAAGCUGUAAAUCGAUCAUAUUAAUACCGAGCAUUAUUAUACCGCAUCUCAAAAUGUUAACACGUGUGAUUAGAUUAAUUUUCUUUUGCUUGAGGUGUCCCAAUCCUUUCACUGUAGUGCUCCUUAUCCAAAAUUACAUAGUAAUGUAUCUCCACUUACAUACCAAUAACGAGCUCCACUCAAUUACAAGUAUCCUCUCUUAUACAAAGCAUUUUUCUUUACGAAGUAUGAAGAGAUUCAAGAAAUUGCGAAUCAGAUUCAAGUUGGAGAAGCAUAGUUGUUCGAAAAGCAUUUAUGAACAGCAAGAUUAGUCUUUUUAUGAUUGGAGUUAUCAACAACAAAAGAUCUUUCCGGGUGUUUAUCUUUCACUAAGUGAGAAGACAAAAGAGCGCCGAGUGUUGUUAGUUCAACAACAAAAGAUCAUUUAGUGUGUUAAUAUUACUCCGUCUUUAAUAAAAGGAAUAUAUUGAGACCCAGUAAUCAAUAAUGGCACAAGAAUUAAAAGCUUCGGGUUCAUCAAAUAAUAAAUGCAGAAGGAGAAUGACGUGAAUAAUGGGUGCGCCGGAAGGGCAAGAGGGGAAAGUAAAAAGUUUAAUUUGGAAAGUGUUCAUAUUUUUGGGACAACCGUAAAAGGAAAAUGUAUCUUACAAAAUGGGACGGAGGGAGUACUUAAUUAACAGAGUUAAUCUUGAUACUAAUUUUACCAUUUAGGCAUGAAAUCUUGCAUUGCAUGUUUAGUUAAGAGUUAGGCUAUGUUUGGCGGGCAUAAGUCCCUGACUUCUAGCUUUUGUACUGUUCAAAAAGUUCCUAAAAGCUUCUAGUUGUGUGUUUGACAUUACAAUAUUUAAGAGCUUUUCAAAAAUUAAAAGAUCUUUUUUAGAUGCUAUCGGGAGUAUCAUCUAAGAAAAGCUAGUGACUUUUAGUAUUAAUUAAUCCUAACAGCUUGUAUACCAAAGCGAACUAAGGGUAUGUUUGGCAAAUGGCUUAUCAGCCGGCUUUUAGCUUGUUUGACCCAUUUCAGCUGUUUGAUUGGUCAAAGAAGCUAAUAAUGAUGUUUGGUAAAUGGCUUUUAAAAUUAGCUUGUUGAGUUUGAAAAGCUGAAAAAAUGGAUUGUUGAAGAAGCUAAGGGGAGCAGCUUCUUCAUUCGGCUGGUUCAAUUUACACUCUAUCAGCCAUUUCGAAACAACCAAUUUUACCAAACAGUUAUCUAUAAUCAGCUAACAUAACCAGCCGGUCAAAACAGCUAACACAACCAGCUGUUAGGAAACAGCUGACACAACCAGCUAACAACAACAGCUAACAGCCAUUUGCCAAACAUACCCUAAAUCAAACAGUCAGCUUUUCAUCAAACAGCUAUCACCUUUUAUUUUUAAGAUCUUUUCAGUCACUAAAAGCUAAUAGCUAUUAAAAAGCUCACAAAAGUAUCUUUUCAGCUAGUUGUGUCAAACAUGCCCUUAGUUGAAAACACAACUUAUUAGAGCAUCUCCAUUCAUUAUUUUAAAAUAAAUGAUUUUUCUAUUAAGAUAUUUUUACUUGAAAUGUAAUUUGAUGAUCUGGUCUGGUUUCUUUGUAUUUUUAUAACUAUCCAAAUCUGAUCUGGGACAAAUUACAGUCCAAAUAAAAACAUCCUUACACAUCAUUGUCACAUCACAUUUACUCGAUAAAUUUUAAAUAAUUUCAAAUCUUAAAAACUCUUCAUCAACCACGAUACUCAAAUAAUUAGUUUUUCUAGACCAUGCAUUAAAUGUAAUUUAACUACAACCUAAAAUAAUCCGGGAUCCAAAAUCUUGAUACUCGAUUUUCUUUUUCAAUAAUCUUCUCAAAUAAUCUAAUGGAUGGGGAUGCCUUUAUUGAAUAAAAAUUUGCUUAAUCAUUGAGCUUUGAUACAACAUAAUGGUCUUUCCUUAGGGCAUCACCAUUGGUUAGUUUAUUUCAAGAUUAAUUAGAUGACGUGGUAGAUUAUUUCAAAUAUUAACAUUGAGGUAAAUAGAUUAUUUAGGUGGAUUAUUUAAAAAGAAAAUCCGGUAUCAAGAUUCAAACCCCGGAUUAUUGUAGAUUAUAGUUAAAACACAUUUAAUGCAUGUCAUAGAAAAAUUGAUUAUAUGAAUAUCAUUGUUGAUGAGUAAUUUUAAGUUUUGAAAUUAUUCAAAAUUUAAUGCGUAUGAAUGAUGCGGCAAUUAGGUGUACUAGAAAAACAAAUUAUUUGAAUAUCGUGAAUGGGGAUGCUCUUAGGACCCAUAAUACGAUGUCUUUUAAACAUAUUUUUAAAUCCAUCAUCAUACAAGUUUAUGUUAGGGUCUGUUUGCAACAGCUUCUGCUUUUAAAAAAGUGCUUUUUUUAAUGAAAUGGGGAGAAGUGAUUAAAUAAAAGUUGAUAGUGUUUGAGAAAAAAGUGAUUUUGAAAAGUAAAAGUGGGUAGUGUUUGGUAAAAUAAGUGUUUUUUGUGUAAUAGAAAAGUAAAAGCACUUUUGACGCGGAAGCCGAGAAAAAUAAAAGUUGUAGUGUUUGGGAAAAUAAGUGCUUUUUUAAAGCCAAAAGCUGAGAAGUGCUUUUUUAAAAGCAGUUGCAAACCAACCCUUAAUAAGUGACAUUACUCAUACUCAUUGACAAUGUAUCCUACAAUUCUUCCGAAAUCAUGAGUAUUUCACAAAAUCCGGAUUAUGUAUCAAACACACAAAAUAAGCAUUCUCAUAUACAGUAUUAGUAUGGACUAGACUUAGUAAUACCAUAAUAAACAGCCCUAAGCCCCUGAGUAUUAUUAUGUAUAUGUAUGAAGGCAUAGAGAAGUAUCAUUGUAAGGAAAUUGCUAUAAAUAGGAGUAAAAUAUAGACAAAUCGGACAUACAGGACGAACUACGGUUAUUUCAAAAAUAUGAGUUAUUUGGUGCUAUUAAGAACAUAAUUUUUUAAAUUAGAGGUAAAUGAGUCCUAUCUAAAAAGAAAACAAUUACAUUCCUAUUUAAUUUGCACGCUUUAUUUAUAUUUUAGUCAUACUUAAGCUCUUAUCUAUUACUACGAAUUAAAAAUGUUGUAUUCUUAUAACAAGUAUACUACCACACAAAUGUCAAAAUUAAGUAACAUGUAUACUACUCCGUAAGUAUGUAACCAAGAAGUUAACAUUAACACGGAUAUUUUAGGUGUCAUAUAUUUAUCGGUAAUAAUUACAUGAUUAUAUCUUAUCACACAACAAACAUGGCACACAUAAAAUCUGAUUAAUGUUAACCUUUCUUCAAGCUCAGGAAAAUUUGAUUAAUUUAUUACCGUAGUAAUUAAUUAAUAAACUAAUGGAAGUGGGGGAAUUUGUGGUUAGGGGACCUGCCGACCUGGUUGAUAAGGUAAAGGGCAUUACUGGUAACCUUUGCGAUGUUUCGGAUCUUCCGUUUCACGUCGGUUCUCACGGUCUGAGACACGUCCUUAAACCCGUCGAGGCACGUAUCCUCGUUGGUCAACGCGGCGCUGACCCAGGUCUCCACGUUGCUCACCUGCCACUCGAAAUCUAUCCCUCGCCGGAGAUGCUUCAGCUCCGCCACGCUCAGCCGCAGCUCCUCCAUCGCGUCGCCCAUCUGCUCCACGCAGUCCUUCAGCGCCGCCCUCUCCCGUACGCUGCCGCCCCUGACUCCGCUCAGAAACUCCGACGUUUUCUUCACCCGGACGAGGCUGACUAGGACGGCGGCCUGGGCCAGGUCCCUCGGCGUCUUCACGGCGGGGCCGCCGUAGGAUGAGAGCGUGCGGUAGCAGAUCUGCGGGUAGCUGGCGUUCAGGCAGGAUUUGCGGACCAGAUUGUUCGCUGCGAGGGAAGACGCCGGUGAUGAUGAUGAGGAUGCGAGUUGCGCCGCCGGCGGUGGAUUGGUUCUGGCGGCGGCGACUAAGGUUGAGAAGAGGAGGAGAGGUUGUAGGAGGAGGACACAAAAUCGCAAACCCAUUCGAUCUGUUUUCAAAUGAAUCCGAUUAUUUCGGCAGUCCGUAACAGAGAGAGGUGAGUAUAUGUAUGGACUGUGGAGAGUGGAGUGCUAAUCUGAAGAAUAUGGCGGAGUGUGAGGGAGCAGGGCAUUAAAACUUGGCGAAU